UUUCACUGCAGACAGGUCUUUUUGAGUGAAAACUUUCAGCAUACUGCCUCAUUUUUUGUCUGGUUCUGUGGUAAUGUCCUCCACAACAUCCUUCUCCCAAGAGUUACAGUCAGUGGUUUAGUAUCCAAGUGGGAACCAGUAAUGAGUGGUGUUUGUACUGAAACCGGUGCUAUUAGUACGUACAUCAACGAAAUAAACAAGGUCAAGUGCACCCUCAGCACAGCUGCAGAUGACACCAAGCGAAGGCUAAGGAAAAUGGGAUGUCUGUGCACUGUGCAACAUAUAAGUGAACCUGGACAUAUAGAUUUCCAUAUGUGGAACUUGUUCUGAUUCAUUUGGGACAUAGAAGAAGGUGCUUCAGUCAGAGGUUGAGAAAACAGUGAAGAAGUACUGAAGAAAUCCUGGAAGUAGACUAACUGAAUAACAUUUCAAAGUUCUUUCCAACUUUAUUUUCUGUGAGCACUUGGGAGGUGGUGUGAUACACAGGACUCAAAUCCAUGAAGAUGGUGCGGGAAAGUGGUGACCAGUCUAGUUCUGCUGAAGAAAUUUGCAGCAAGUGACUGUACUCCUUGAAGGCACUCUGUUGAGCAGUCACUUUGAAGUCAAAGGUCUUCUGUUUUACUAAAACCUGGAGUGGUGUCUUUGAUUGACCUCUGACAACUGCCAAGAAAAGGAAGUUUUGCCUAGAGCCAUCCUCUCCCUAAAGAGGCCACUGAUUACGGUUCCUAAAAGAUGUUUGGUGAACCAAGGAAAUUUGACCCAAAGUUCAGAGGACCUAUUCAUAACAGGCACUGCACAGACAUUAUUUGCUGUGUGAUCUUCAUAGUUGUCAUUCUGGGUUACAUUGCAUUAGGAGUUGUGGCUUGGGUGCAUGGGGACCCCAGGAAAGUGAUUUAUCCAACUGACAGCUAUGGACAGUUCUGUGGUCAGAGAGAUACCCUCAAUGAGAACAAGACCAUUUUGUUUUACUUCAAUAUUCUGAAAUGUGCCAGCCCCGUAGUGUUAAUAAACCUACAGUGCCCUACAACACAGCUUUGUGUCUCAAAGUGCCCAGACAGGUUUGCAACCUACAUUGAUGUUCAGGCUUCCUACAGAUAUAGACCAGAUCAGUGGAAUUACUUCAGGCAGUUCUGCAAACCUGGUUUUAACAAUCCUCGCAAGUCCGUUGCUCAAGUCCUACGUGAUGAAGAUUGUCCUUCGAUGAUCAUUCCAAGCAGGCCUUUUCUGAAGAGAUGCUUCCCAGAUUUCUCCACGAAGAAUGGUGUGUUGACCGUGGCAAAUCAGACUACAUUCAAAGAUGGAAGAGGGAAAACAAGAAAUGUAACUGAUCUCAGGGAAGCUGCAAAUGGCAUCAAUAAUGUCCUGGAUGCAAGAUCAGUUGGAAUGAAAAUUUUUGAAGACUAUGCCAUUUCUUGGUAUUGGAUUUUAAUUGGGCUGUUCAUUGCAAUGAUGCUGAGUCUGCUCUUCCUUGUGUUGUUGAGGUUCACAGCUGGGGUUCUCUUCUGGAUUUUCAUCUUUGGUGUGAUUGGUAUUAUAGGUUAUGGCAUCUGGCAUUGUUACUGGGAGUAUGAUCAUCUUAAAGGAAUACCUGGAUCUGACCUCACUGUUUAUGAUAUUGGAUUCCAGACAGACUUCAAAGUGUACCUGCAACUGAGGCAAACAUGGUUAGCCUUUAUGAUAAUACUUUGUGGUGUUGAGGUCAUUAUCAUACUGAUGCUGAUCUUCCUAAGAAAUAGGAUCCGGAUUGCUAUUGCACUGUUGAAGGAAGGUAGUAGGGCAAUUGGCUAUAUAAUGUCUACACUGUUCUACCCAAUCGUCACCUUCUUACUCAUUGCAAUUUGUAUUUCCUACUGGGCUGUGACGGCUGUUUUUCUGGCCACAUCAGGAGAACCUGUGUACAAAGUAAUGGCUAAUCAAACACUGUGCAAGUAUGCAAACCUGACCUGUGACCCGGAGACUUUUAACACAACCAAUGUGACUAAAUUGUGCCCAGGUGCUCAGUGUACUUUCGCUUUUUAUGGAGGAGAAGGCCUGUACCAUAAGUACAUCUUCAUCUUCCAGUUAGCCAAUGCCUUUGUCUUUCUCUGGCUGGUGAACUUUGCAAUUGCACUGGGUCAGUGUACCCUUGCUGGUGCCUUUGCCUCUUAUUACUGGGCCUAUCGAAAGCCAGCUGAUAUUCCACUGUGGCCACUCUUCUCUUCAUUUGGACGAGCAAUACGAUACCAUACAGGUUCACUGGCAUUUGGAGCCUUAAUUCUUGCGAUUGUCCAACUUAUUAGAGUAAUACUGGAGUACCUGGAUCACAAACUGAAAGGUACUCAGAACUCCUUCACUAGAUUCCUACUCUGCUGCCUCAAGUGCUGUUUCUGGUGUUUGGAAAAAUUCUUAAAAUUUAUAAACAGAAAUGCCUACAUCAUGAUUGCCAUAUAUGGUAAAAACUUCUGCACCUCAGCAAAGGAAGCAUUCUUUUUGCUCAUGCGGAAUGUGGUGAGGGUUGCAGUUCUGGACAAAGUUACAGACUUCCUUCUAUUUCUGGGGAAAAUCCUUGUUGCUGGUGGUGUGGGUGUUCUUGCAUUCUUUUUCUUCACACAGAGAAUACCAGUCUUUGCACAGGAAGUGCCAAUGCUAAAUUACUACUGGGUACCAUUGUUGACAGUCAUCAUUGGCUCCUACCUAGUUGCACACGGGUUCUUCAGCGUCUAUGCAAUGUGUGUCGACACACUUUUCCUCUGCUUUUGUGAAGACCUGGAAAGGAAUGAUGGAUCUACAGCAAAACCCUACUUCAUGUCAGCUAGCCUCCACCGAAUUCUAGGAAAGAAGAAGCUAAGCCCUAAGAAGGCAGUGGGAUAAUGAACACUAAAUCUCAACAUCAAAAAGUGUCACUUUUAAGCAAAACAUGUAUAAAGUAGGCAAAAGUAAAAACUGUAAAUGAUGCUUCUGGUUAAUGGGUGAUUCUUUUCUCCUUUUGGGAAAAAAAAAAAGCAACAUUGGUAACAUUUAACUAGUUUAAAUGCUUAAACUAACAGCUGUGAAAACAAGGCCACAUUUUAGUUUAUAGAGUGCCUAUGAAAAGGAAAAUGUAAAUUUGAAACUUUUAUAAGUGUAUAAUGAUGUUUUAAUAACUUUUGUAAUACAAGUUGCUACGUUAGAUGACAGCAGUUUUGAUAAUGUUUCUUCUUAUAAGUGUAUAUUUGUAAAAGAAUAUCAGGCAAUUUUUUGAAAGCACUAAGUAUAACCUAAUUAGCCAUAAAAAAAAGAUAGUUUGAGACUCUAGUUAACGAGGAGAUGGUACUAAAUUUGUAAAUAUGGUGCUAUGAUUGUAUUUUUUUGUACAAGCUGGUUCACAGCUAUUUAAACUGUGAUUAUACAUGCAUUAAUGAUUCCCUACACUGAAAAACGUAGUGAUAUUUUAAUCACAUCCACAACUGCAUCUUUUAAGACAUGAUGGUACCCUGCAGGUCCCAAAGAAGGUAGUCAGAAAAGACUUUAGUUGAUACUACUUAACGUGAAGUUUUCUGGGAGUUGUGCUUAAAAGAUGAUAUAACUGAGAGAAGGUCCCACUGCAGCUGAAGUGAUUUGUGGUUCACACAAAUGAGGUUUCAUCUGGUACAAGAUGGUGAAUGUAUAAUUUUUAGCUGAUGUCUAAGAGAGAUGCACAUGUGUUAAUAUUCCCCUAUCAUUGACAAGUCUCUGAUUGCGUUCUGUGUUAUAAGGAAGUUGAACUUCACUGAAAUGAAACUAAAUGCACUCUUUUUUUUCGUUGAAAGAAAGUCUUUACUCUGUGUGUGUGCACAGGGAGUUUCAUUGUCUCUGCCUAGCUUAGAAGGGCUCCUACCAAGCCAUUGGAAUGACUGUGCAGGUGCAGAAGGUCAGGGCUGUGCUUCCUGCAUGUCUCUGUGCUCCCAGGGGCUCACACAGUGAGGUACUAGGACAUUGAACUCAAGUCUUCUCAUGAUACAGGAUGAAUUAUUCAACUACUGGGAGUACUGAGAUGCUCUUAAAGAUUUAGUUUGCUUUUUGAUUGUUAAAUUUGCCCAGUUACUAGUACUAAAAGUCAUUAAUACACCUGUUGGUAGAAAGCACGUUAACGUUCAGCGUCUUUUAUGACCCUCCCAGUAGUGGAUAUCCUAUAGUCACUGCCAUUAAGUAACAGCUCUGCUGAUGGAAAAGGUCUUAACACUGGAGAGUUUCUCAGGUCUGUUACUGCCAAGACUGAGCUAAAAGUAUUUUAAUUUAUUAGUCCCCUUGGGGGAGCCAAGGUCCCAGCCAUACUGAGGCCAGCCCCUAGUUUUCAUGGAUUCCAGCAUACUGAAGAAGUUAUUCCAGUACUGUCCACUUUUCAGGAGUGGCGUGUGCCAUACAUUUGCCAGUUCUGUGACAGGAGUUCAGCAUCUGGAAAUAUGUUCCUAACCCUAGAAGUCCAUUGGUGUCACAAAAAGAAAUGCAAAUUCUUUUCCAGAUGAUUUGAAGGCAAGUUUCUAGGGAAAAUUUACUGACCAUCCACAGCCCAGUGGGAUUUUGCUCUUUAAUUUACAGCUCUGUUUGUGGUAACUGUGAUCACUGCAAAGGCAGUAACACUCUCCUUCAUGCCAUGGGUCUGGGGUCAUGUUGAUACACAAGUGACCACCAUCCACAUGCUUGCAGUCAUAGGCAUGGCAAGAUCUUGAAAUUCAGUGUCCUGAGGUGCAGGUGGGAGUGUCCUUGUAAGCUUUCUCUGUGGUCCAAUGGGUGCUGGAGCCCUUUUCCCUGAAGCAAAAAUGGGGGGUUCAGUUUUGGACUCAAAUAAUGUAAAAUAAAGGCAUAUGGUUUCAAAUGUUGCUAUUGAUUAUAGGCACCUUUAGAUUUUGGUAACUGCUCCUGAGAUACCCUAGAGUAAACUUGACUUUCAGAAAGGACUGAGAGUCCCACCUUUUGGAAAAAAAGGACUCCUGAGGGAUGAAGUUUUUCAUCAUCAUCAUCAUCAUCAUCAUCAUCAUCAUCAUCAUUCAUUUCUCAUUAUGUGCAUGGCAUGGAUUACACAACCCCCUAUGAUUCUAAUAUUUUCUGAGAAUUUAGUCGGUAACUUUUGGGGGUAUGUGUAACCAUUCUGUGAUUAAAGAAGCUGUUGGUCUCACUACAAUCCAUGUUGUAAACCAUUUUUUUGUUUUGUUUCAAUACUACUGAUUAAUUUUCAGCUAAAGAAACUGCAUUACAUAAUCUAUAUUUCUACUGGACUUGAGUGUCUUACUGGGAGCUCAACUGAAAAAGCAUAUUUCUGAUUAUAGCUUGCUUUUUUAUCAUAUGAAUGUAACCACAGCGUUUAGUAGGAAUAAAACAUUAUAGAAAUAGUAUACAGUUAUUUGAUUAGAAAACUUUUGUAACAAACCUAUGCAUUUACUAAAGGAAUUUCUAAAAGUGAAAGUUUUAAAUUGUAUUAUUAUUUAUAUAUGGUAAAAAAUAUAUAUGUAUAAAUUUGCUCCUCUCACUAUUUUGUGAAAGUAUUUAGAAUGUACUGAUCAUCAUUUCUGAGGAGAAAAUUUGAAAGCCAUUUUCUUAUGAUAUAAUUACGAGAACUGUGAAAAUACAAAGCAAUACCAUGUAGAUAUUGUAAUAAAUAAGUAAUUCAGUAAGUAAGUAGUAAUUAUUUAAUAUUAAAAUUGGCUUUUUAAAAAUAAAUUCUUAAUAAUUACUAAGUCAAAAUUAAUGGAAAUCUUUACUUGGGAAAGAUUCACCUAACUUGUUUCAAGACUAUCUUAUUAUAAUGGUUCCUAGUUAAUCCUGUGGGCCAGAGUCUGCAGAUGUGCACCACAGAGGAGUACUAAUAUUGACACUUAUGGAUUUGGACUUUUACUUUAUUGCUUGGUUUAGUAUAAAAUUCAAAAUUCCAUUUUUACGUUAGAGAGUGGAACACGGUAAAAUAUGCCAUGUGCUUUGCUGAGCCCCCUGGAGCUGGUGACACAGUGGCCACAGUGCCACCAGCUGCGCUGGUUCUGUGCACGUGGUGCUGAUGGACACAGGGCGUGGGGGCCCCAGAACCCGCAGGCUCCCCAGCACGAGUCAGGGUUAUGCCAGGCACCUUCUCCUUGGGAGGAGCUGUGGAAAAGCAGGUGGAAAAGGAAGAAAGACCCUUUUACAUAAGUAGAAAUAAAGAACAUUCUCAAGAUCACAAACAAGCAGAAUGUAGAAACCAAGACAGUAGAAAACACCUGCUUUCACAUCCAUGAAAUCACGUUUGUUUAGUUUGGUUUGGAUUCAUUGUAUCUCCUUAGACAUAUUACCGAAUGGCUUCCAUUUACAUGUUUUAUACCAAAGUUUUAAUGUCAAGCCUUCAAAUUUUGUAAAAAAAAAACCCCAGAAAACCCAGAAAAAUUUUAAAAAAACCAAACCAACAACAACAAAAAAAACCACCACCAACAACAAAAAAACCACAAAAAACCCCCAUGGAAACAAAACAGAAACAAGAAGACAGGAUCAUUUCUUCUGCUGAGGGCUUUUUUUCCCAAACAGUAUUCAGCAGAUGAUUCUUGGGUGAUCCAAGGAUACUGAAUAUUCAAAAUUAUAGUAUUUAAUGAAAUAUUUUACAAUUGCAUGUUCUGCUUUAGAAUGGGAAAAAUAUUUUGGUGGAUGCAAUGUCAGGCUGAUUCUGGAAUAGUCAGUAGGUGUUUUUCCACAAAUGGGCUGUCAGAGAAGUGAUUAUGGAGAAUAAACUGACAGUUUUUGGGUAACCCAGAAUGUCUCUCUUUGGCCAGUUGCUCAGCCUGCACAGCUGUGUCCUUGCAGACCAAGUGCCUUACUGGCUGUUACUUUACCUAGCUUACAUUUUGAAAUUCAUUUAUACCGUGUAGACUACAAAACAGAGAAGGUUAGAACGGAAAACCAACACUUUAUUUCAAACUGACUAACAAAAAAUGAACUGUAGUGAGGAUGUCAGAUGUGUUUGCACUGUGUGAUGCAGCACCCAUCAUUUCCCUGUUGCUGUUGUCAGAUUAUGAAAGUUGAUUUUGUGGUCCAGGAGAAAACAUGACAAUAGUGUUGCAAAUAAAUGAAAACAAUGCAAGACUGUUCCAUUUUUAUACAGUAGAUUUUUAAAAUAGCUUUAAUUUGUGAUACAGUGGACUUCUGAGUAGGGCCUAUUCUGCUUUCUGUUUACAAUGGUCAUGCAUGUUGUACCUGUGUAACUGUGGGUAGAACUGGGCUCUUGCUACUUACAACAGAAGGAAUAAAGCUAAAAAUUACAUCUGUAUUACUGUAAUACAUCUAUUUGUGUGUUCAUAAGCAUAAAGUUCCUUCUCAUUUCAAGACUGAUAAUUUCCUAUUCUGAAACCAUUUUAUAAAUUGUUCUUAACUUUUUAAACUUUUGAUACAGGCAAUGAUUUUUGGGGUAAUAUGUAAUUUGUACUGCACUGUAAACAGUUAGAAAAUGAGUGUUUCUUCAUGUUCAAGUAACACUAGUGCUACUAAUAUUAAAAUUGUCUCUUACUCUAUGCUACAAAAUGUCCACAUGCAUUUGUCCCAAACAGAGUUUUCAAACCAUAAAAAUGGCUCUUUGAGGUUUAAGAAAUGAAAGGUAGGUUAGUGUUUCAUUAAUAUGAUUCUUAAGAUUGUAUUGUUUUGCCAAAACCAAUUUAACAUGAGCACGAUGAUUUGAGCUCUAAACCCUGUUGCUUCUGCUAUGCAGAAAUAGAAUCCUAUUGUUUAAAUAUCUUUGAUAACAGAAGUGCUUAAUUUUGUUGUUACUUCACCGUUUUCCAGUUCCUGGGGAUUGUUCUAAUAAAGAUUUCAAUAUAA